CCACAAAUACUACCUAUAUAGCAUGUGACAAUGUCGAGCAAAGCUAUAUAUAGAUUGCUAGGAUAUGAGUUCAUAGCCGUAUGUCAAUGGAGAGAGUUUUUAUGAGGAAAGGAGCUGCCCUCUGGCGUCGGAAUAAGUGGGAGGGCUGGAUUGCACACGGAUCGGAUGUUGUAGAAGUCUCCGAGAGCAACUUGAUAAGUCACUGUUGAUGAACGCGGAGUCUAGCACAAGCGAGCUGGAGACGGAGCUGGAGACGUCGGCUGCCGGUGCAGGCGCCUGCAGCCGUGAGUCAGAGAUGCGGUCGAGGAUUCUAGCCAAACUGGAGGAGAGGUGUCAGGGAAUAGUUAAGAUGUGAAGGAGACCAGAGAAUUGUCUGCGAGGAUUUUGGUGGAAGAUAUCCACGGUAGUGCCCUAAGUGGAGACAGUAGCGACUCUGAUAGUUCCCUAAGUGGUGUUUCAAGUGCUGAUCAAUUUACACUGGAACAGGAAAUCAGACCGCAGUCUCUGCUAGCUGAAUUGAGGAGUGCCCAGGUCUAUGAUGCAAAAAGAAGACUCCAAGUUGCCCAGGAGGAAGUGAAAAAUCAGUCGCCUCAACUCAAAGCAUUGAGGGCUCAGCUGAAAGCAGUUGAGCACCAAAGGCAGGUCGAGUUAGAUGAAAAAGAGGUUGAACUGAGAAGGAAAGACAUGGUGAUUGAAAAGCUAAAAAAAGAUGUCAGUAGGCUUCAGGAGGAAAAUGAGCAGUUGAAACAAAUCCAAAAUGGAGAGUAGUGACUGGAAGUGCAAUGCUACCAAAUAGGCUUUAGGGCCAUAUUCAUAGUAGCUACCAAAGAAGGCAAGGCCAGAGCUACUGCUACUGAAACCAGUUAUGAAGACUAAGUGAACACUGAGCCAGUGUUUAGGGAGUAGUAGUGCAGUAAUCCCUCACUUUUACUAUAUAUUGUAUGACUGUCUGGUCAGAUACUGUAGCUAGCUACCUCAAGUUUUUGAACAGCUCUCAGACCUUGUAUAAAUGUUGGAAUUGAGGCUGUGCUCCGACAGUUAGACAACCUGCAGUAAGCUGCUAUGUCUGAAGGA